AUGGAAGCUCUAGGUGCAGCAACAAACAUCGUUUCCCUUGUUCAAACGGUUGUUACAAUCAUUAGCUACAUUAAAAGCGUCAAGGAUGCGCCUCGCGAGCGCAAAGAGCUCCUCAUGGAGCUGCGCAAUCUUGUCGGUCUUCUCGAAAGCCUCCAAGAUCUCCUGGAAGUCGAUGAACCAGAUCAUUCGGAUCCGUGGAAGGGUGCCGUGAAGCAGCUUGAAGCACAUGGCGGCGCCCUUAGCCAAUUCAAACAUGCUCUGGAGAAGCUUGCUGACAAGCUCUACCCUACGCAUGGUUUUCGCAAGAUAAAGCAAGCUCUACUAUGGAAGCUUACGAAGCCGGACCUCCUGGAGAUUUUUAGCCGCAUUGAGCGCGUCAAGGGUCUCGUUCAGAUUGCUCUGCAAGAGGACGCCACAAGACUCGCCGCAGCGAUGAACAUGAGGAUGGACCACAUCGUGAAGACCAACGAGGCGAUUUUGGCGAACACUAGCGACAUCAGGCAACAGAUUGACCUGCAAGCCGACGACAGGAUGAGAAUGGAGUUUGACAGCCUCCUUGACUGGAUAUGCUCUAAAGCUGAUGUGGCCGAGCACCACUACCAAUACCAGGCGCACUUUGAGAAGCACCACAGCGACAGCGGACGCUGGUUCUUCGACGAGCCGAAAUACCACGACUGGGUAUCUUCGGACCCCAACCCAUGGCUCUUCUGCCCUGGGAUACCCGGCGCAGGCAAGAGUGUCCUUUCCUCCACGGUUGUUCGCGAGCUACAGAAACGUGCCCUACCCGUCGCAUACUUGUAUUGCACGUACAGUGGUAGAUCGAAGCAAUCGGCAAGACACUUUCUCACUAGCAUGCUCCGACAAUUAGUUCAUAUUUCGGGAGCUCCUCCUCAGAACAUAGAGGAUCUCAGGAAACGUUGUGAGAAGAACGACAAAGCACCGUCUCUGGACGAGAUUGAAAAUGCGUUGCGGACUAUUGUCACUCCCAGGUGUAAGGGCUGGCUUGUCGUUGAUGCGCUGGACGAGUGCGAUUGUAACAGCCGCAAAGACUUAUUGAACUCGUUGCACAAUCUGGUAUCAUCAUCAUCCUUGAAGAUCUUGGCGACAUCGCGGUUCAUCCCAGAGAUCGAAAGCUGGUUCAGUGAACGAAACGCGAACGUUGUCGAAAUACGAGCGUCUGGCGCUGACAUUGAGGCUUACGUACGCAGCCGGCAAGCUGACUUUCGGUCUUCAAUUCGGAUAGAUGCGCAGCAGAUGGACUCUGUGGUUGCGGGGGUCGUUGCUGCUGCAAGCGGACUGUAA